AUGCACCAAUUGACGGAUGGUCUGGAGAAACCUGGGGAGAUCAGAGCGCCUCUAGCCAUCACGCUGGCCAUCGCGUGGGUCCUGGUUUAUUUCUGCAUCUGGAAAGGUGUCGCAUGGACUGGCAAGGUGGUGUACUUCUCAGCGACAUACCCCUACUUUAUGCUCUUCAUCCUCUUCUGCCGCGGCAUCACUCUGCCCGGAGCCAUCGAUGGAAUCCUCUUCUACAUCACGCCCAACUUCGAGAAGCUCAAGGAAUCAGAGGUGUGGUUGGAUGCUGCCACUCAGAUCUUUUUCUCCUAUGGGCUGGGGCUGGGAUCACUGAUUGCUCUGGGAAGCUACAACCCAUUCAAUAAUAAUGUUUACAGAGAUUCUGUCAUUGUGUGCUGCAUCAACUCGUUCACCAGCAUGUUCGCUGGCUUAGUCAUCUUCUCCAUUGUGGGCUUCAUGGCCAACGUGACUAAGAGGCCUAUAAUAGAAGUAGCAGCCUCAGGUCCUGGCUUGGCGUUCUUGGCCUACCCUGAGGCAGUAACCCAGCUGCCUAUCUCUCCUCUCUGGGCGAUCCUUUUCUUCUCUAUGUUGCUCAUGCUGGGAAUAGACAGUCAGUUCUGUACGGUGGAGGGCUUCAUCACUGCGUUGGUGGAUGAGUUCCCCAGAGCUCUGAGAGGAAGAAGAGAACUCUUCAUCGCUGCCGUCUGCCUGGUCUCUUAUAUCAUCGGCCUGUCCAACAUCACACAGGGUGGGCUGUACGUGUUCAAGCUGUUUGACUACUAUUCUGCCAGUGGAAUGUGCCUGCUCUUCCUGGUCUUCUUCGAGUGUGUCUCCAUAUCCUGGUUCUACGGUGCUGAUAAGUUCCUUGCCAACAUUGAGGAGAUGAUUGGCUUUAGGCCCUGCCUGUGGUGGAAGCUGUGUUGGGUCGUGUUCACUCCUCUCAUCGUGGCUGGAGUGUUCCUGUUCAGUGCUGUCCAGAUGGGAGUGUUCCUGUUCAGUGCUGUCCAGAUGGUUCCUCUCACCAUGAACAACUACGUGUUCCCGGCCUGGGGACAGGGAGUAGGUUGGUGCAUGGCGUUGUCCUCCAUGCUCCUGAUACCUGGAUACAUGGUCUAUAUGUUCCUCAACCUCAAGGGGGAUUACAAAGAGCGUCUGCGGAUAAUGAUCCAACCCCCGAUGAUGGUGAGAGGAGAACGCCAGGAGAACGGCCCUGAGCAGACACCGGCAGCAGCCACUGAAGAGGCUUACAUCUAA